GGGCCACCAAUUUUGAAUUUUCGCUUUUGCUUUUGAAAAAUAGGCUUACACAAAAAUAAGGGCAUUCCCUAAAAGCCUUUUGUUUUGGCUGAAUAUUUCCUAAAGCAUUAAUCCUCCUGGCAUUUUGGUUUCUUUCCUGAGAAGUUUGAAGCUGAAGUGGUGAAAAGUUUUCUUCCUCCUUGUACAAGUAUUUCUAGUUGAAAUGUUGUCGCUGUGACUGAGUUUACUGCUAGUAUAUCCAUCUUUCAAAGUGGUUGGAGAAUACGCAAGAUUCUGAAUAGAUAAAAGGCUAAGGAAUGGAAAGAAAAAAAUACAAGUAAAACAAGAAAAGGGGACAUUGAAGAUCAAGUAAGAUAGGAUGGACAUAUUGACGGGAUGUACGGGCUCCACUGCAACCGAAGUUGUGAAAGGCACUGCAAAGUCCGUCAUACGUCAUGUUGGUUAUUUGUUCUGUUUCAAGAAAACUGUUGAUGAUCUUACCAAAGCAAAAACAGACCUGGAAUUAGAGCAGCAAAAGGUGCAAGAGGAUAUCAAGCGAGCUGCAAAGAACAAUGAGAUUGCUGGGAAGGAUGUAGAGAGGUGGUUGACAAAUGUGAAUCAACUCAUGGGAGAAAUAAAGGCUUUCGAAAUUGAAGUACAAGUGAACUUGAGGUUCUGUAACGGCUGGUGUCCUGAUUGGAUUCGGCGAUACAGGUUAUGUAAGGAAGCCAUACAGAAGACUAAUGCUGUUAAAAAGCUCCAAGGUGAGGGUAAAUUUUCCGAAUUGACCCAUCGUGCUCUGACUCCUGGCAUAGAGAUCUUUUCAUCUAGUGAUUUCGAGGUGUUUGAAUCUAGAAAAUUGGCUUUCCAACAAAUUAUGGAGGCAUUGCAUGAGGAUGACAAUAAAGGGAUUGGACUGUAUGGAAUGGGAGGGAUUGGGAAAACAACCCUGGUGAAGGAAGUAUACAAGAAAGUCAAAGAAUUGAAUAUUUUCAAUGACAUUGUGAUGAUUGUUGUGUCCCGAACUCCUGACGUUAGAAGAAUUCAAGGUGAAAUAGCAGAUUGUUUAAAUUUGAAACUUGAUAAUGAGAGCGAUAUGGCAAGAGCAUGCCAAAUAUGCUUAAGAAUAAAGAGUGUAGAGAAGAUCCUCAUAAUUGUGGAUGAUGUCUGGGACAGUGUCGAGUUAAAAGAUUUUGGAAUUCCAUCUCCUGAUGAUCACAAGGGUUGCAGGAUACUUCUAACAACACGAAGUAAGCAAGUAUGCCAUUCAAUGAAUUGUCAUCAAAGGAUGAUUUCAUUAAAUUUCUUAUUGGAGAACGAAUCGUUGGCUUUAAUGAAAAGCAUAGUUGGUGAUAACCCAGACUUGAAUGAUGUGAUGCUGAAAGUAGUUGAAGAAUGCGAAGGUUUGCCUAUAGCAAUCAGUACUGUAGGAAAGGCUCUUAAAGGCAAAAGUCUAAAUGAGUGGAAUGCGGCAAUGUAUGAACUAAGAAGGUCUAGACUUGUGGAUAUAGAAGGUGUUAAUGAAGAAAAAAAUGCUUAUGCAUGUCUUAAGUGGAGUUUUGAUCAAUUAAAACGCAAAACCAAGUUAUGCUUUUUGUUGUGUUCUUUAUUUCCAGAAGAUUAUAAUAUUCCCAUUGAAGAAUUGACCAGAUAUGUCAUGGGAUUAGAGGAAGAUGAAGAUUUUCACUUACUUGAAGACGCACGGUGCCAAGUGCGUGCAGCAGUCAAUAGCCUCAAAGAUUCUUCUUUACUACUAGAAGGUUUUGAUAAAGAAUUUGUGAAGAUGCAUGACAUGGUUCGCGAUAUUGGCUUAUGGAUAACAUCAAAAGGGGAAAAUGAAUUCGAGCUAAGAGCCUGCACUCGUUUAGAGAGAAACACAAACUUUGAAAGAGCCACAGCAAUCUCCUUGAUUGAUUUCAACACCAAACAACUUCCUGAUAAAUUGGUAUGUCCAAGACUCAACAUUUUGUUAUUGGGUGGAAUUCAAAGUUCCGAAAAUAUCUCUAACGCAUUGUUUGAAGGGAUGAAUUGUCUCAAGGUUUUAGCACUACAUGACAUAAUCUUAUCAUCACAAUCACUCGAAUUAUUGACAAACCUUCGGACCUUAUAUUUGAAAAACUGCAAUUUCGAUGAUAACCUCUCUUCUUUGGGAAAGUUAAAGAGACUUGAGACUUUAAGCUUUUACAGAUGUGGAAUAAAUGCAUUGCCAAGUGAAUUAGGGGAAAUGGCGAGUUUAAAAAUGCUAGAUUUGACGGGUUGUGAUAAACUGCAACAUAUUCCACCAAAUGUGAUACGAAGAUUAUCCCAAUUAGAAGAACUAAUCAUUGAUGAUGAUUUCCUGAAUUGGGGUGUUGAAGGGACAACCUCAGAAAUAAGCAACGCUAACUUAUCAGAGUUGAACUCGGAGCAUUUACCCAAAGGCUUUGUUUUCCCGGACUUGCAUGGAUAUUUCAUAUCGAUUGACUGCCCAUUCGAGACUCCUGUGACACCGAACGACUAUGGUAGUUUAAGAUGUAUUAACUCAAGAACCUUAGAAAUCAAAUAUUUGAAUGCCUCCUCAAUGAACGCAUUGAAGUCGUUGUUCCAUACCGCGGAAUAUAUUUGGAUUGAGUCUUGUGAGAUGGAAUGCAUUGUUGAUACAAUUGGGGGAAAUCAUAUCGUUACAUUCGGCAAUUUGGUCGAACUAUAUCUAAAGGAAAUGAGCUGUCUGAGAACAAUAUGUGAGGGGCCCAACCAGAAUGAAAUCUUCAGCAAUCUCACAGUUUUAGACGCACGUCGAUGCCCGAGAUUGAUCAGUCUCUUCUCGCCGUCCCUUGCUCAAAGUCUAAAAAAGCUGAAAGAACUCUCUUUUUACCGAUGCGAUGAAAUGAAGCAAAUAAUUUCAGAGGAAGGAAAUAAUCCAGCAGGUCAACCAAUAUGUCUCUCAAAAUUAGAGACUCUUAAGGUAAUGGAUUGCAGCAAACUGGAAUAUAUCUUUCCUAUCUCAGUUGCUCGAGGUCUUCAGCAACUAGAAAGGCUAGAAUUAGUAGAUCUUCCUCGAUUAAAGAAAGUAUUCGGCCAGAACAGAGAAGGAGAAGUUGGGGAUUGUGAAAUAAAGAGUCACCAUCAACCUACAGGCUUCCCAAAAUUAAAGACUAUUAUGGUAGUGAAUUGCGAAAAUCUGGAAUGUCUAUCAAUUGCUCGAGAUCUUCCCCAACUAGAAAGUCUAGAAUUAGAAGAUCUUCCUCAAUUAAAGCAAGUAUUUGGCCAUGAAGAAGGAGGAGAUGAUGGGGAUGGAAACAACAGCGUGCUAUCUAAGUUGAGAAACUUAAGAUUAAAGAAGUUACCAGAGCUUGUCAGUUUGGGUGGAGGAAAUAGUUCUUCAGUUUGGCCAUCAUUGCCAUUGGAGAGGCUAGAAGUGGUGAACUGUCCUAAAGUGGAAGCGAAUGUGCCAGCUCUGCAAAAGCUUCAAAAUUUACAGAUCUUGUCUGUGGACGAUUGGAAUGCAACUUCAUUUGAUUUGAUGCAAGGUUUGUCAAAUUUGGAAGAAUUAGAAAUUAAAAAUUGUGGAGGAAUCCAAGAGGUGAUUAAGCUUGAAGGGCUUCUUACUAUAAAAGGAGAACAACAGGAUCUGUUACUCCCAAGAUUGAAGAAACUGUUGUUGAUUGAUCUACAUCAACUGAGGUGCAUAUGGAAAGGCGCAACUAAACUUAAAAAUCUCAACAAUCUUGAAGAUUUAAAAGUCAUCAGAUGCAAAAAAUUGACGCAUCUCUUCACACCGGCCCUCGCUCAAAGCUUACAAAAGUUGAAAUUUCUUGAAAUUGAAAGGUGUGACGAAUUGGAGCAUAUAAUUGUUGAAAAUGUAGAAGAACAGGUCUCAUCAGAGAAUCAUCUCCAACCUUUAUGCUUCCUUAAACCAAAUGUGGUCAAAGUCAAGGUCAAAAGUUGCAAUAAAUUGAAGUGUCUCUUCCAUGUGGAUUGUUGGAAUCCAAUUUCCACUUUUUUGACAAUGGAAGAAUUGGAAAUAAAGAAAUGUGGAGGAUUGCAAGAGGUGUUCAACUUUGAAGGUUUUCUUACCAAAGAAGGAGAACAACAAGAUGAGUUUUUCCCAAGGUUGAGGAAAAUGUGCUUGGUCAAACUACAUGAAUUGACAUAUAUAUGGAAGGGUCCAAUCCAACUUAUAAAUCUCAACAAUCUUGAAGAUUUAAAAGUCAUCUGGUGCAAAAAAUUGACACAUCUCUUCACACCGGCCCUCACUCAAAGCUUACAAAAGUUGAAAUUUCUUGAAAUUGAAAGGUGUGACGAAUUGGAGCAUCUAAUUGUUGAAAAUGCAGAAGAACAAGUCUUAUCAGAGAGUCAUCCCCAACCUUUAUGCUUCUCUAAACUGGAAAGUGUCGAUGUCAGAUACUGCAAUAAAUUGAAGUCUCUCUUCCCCAGGACCAUCGCUGAUAGUCUUUUAGAACUAAAGAUUCUCAUAGUAAAAGAAAACUCUCAAUUAAUGGAAGUAUUCACACAUGAAGGAGACACUGGAGUUCAGAAAGAUGUAACGCUCCCUCAACUAGAAUUUAUGGGACUCAAAGGUCUACCAAGCCUUGUUAACUUCUGCCCAAAGAACUAUCAGUUUAUACUGCCAAAAUUGUGGGAGUUAAGAGUGGAAAGCUGUAAGAACAUGAGGACGACUUUUACCCGUACUCCAGACAGAAGUCUGCUUAUAAAUGGAGAGGUAGCCCAGAUAGACGAGCCUACAGGGAUGUCUGCCAACAACGAUAUAAGAUGGACAGACGAUCCUACAAGGUCAACAUUAUUUGACUUCUUAUGGGAAAGGAAAUAUGGCUCCGAAGAUGUUGGUCGGGAUUGUUCAAUUGAUUUAGACGACGAACAUGAUGAAGAUGAUGACUACGAAGAUGAAGACUUCGAAGAUUAAAUUUGUGGCGGGCUCAUGGAUGGAUGCAGGUGCUACUUCUGUAGAGGUGUCCGUCCUCAAGAUUCUCAUCUCUGUAUUACACUACUCUUUUGCUUUCUAUUUAUUUUCUUUUAACAUCGCUAUAUCGUUGAACUCUAAAUACGUUACAAGUGUGUGUGUGAUAAUUCUACUUUCCUAGUUCCUUUACACUUUAUGCUUUCAGCAACACAAGACAACAAACAUAUAAUAUAUUUGAUGUGUGUGUUUUAUUUUAUUUUAUUUUUGAUAGAUAAUGUGUUUUUUCUUUUUAUUUCUUGAACAAGAGACAAAUAUUUGUACAACUUUUUUUUAGUGAUAUUUUAUUAUUAGAACAUCAUUUUUACACUUUUU